UACAACGCAAAAAAAGGAAAAAAAAAGAAAGAAUGUCUACUAUAUAUAUCCACUUUAUUCAACAUACCUAAGAUUUCUCACUUUUCUCUCUCUCUUCCUCGUAGCCUCCACUCGAAAAACCUCUCCAUUUCCUAUCUGAGAUCCUUUCUCUCCUCCUCUUCCAUUGUUAUUUUUGGGAAAAUCGCGAUGUCGAAGGCAGGAGCAUUGGAUCUCGCAUCGGGUGUCGGUGGAAAGAUUGACAAAAAUGAAGUUCUCUCCGCUGUUGAUCAGUAUGAGAAGUAUCAUGUCUUCUAUGGAGGUGAAGAGGAAGAGAGGAAAGCUAACUACAGUGACAUGGUAAAUAAAUACUAUGAUCUUGUUACCAGCUUUUAUGAGUUUGGAUGGGGGGAGUCUUUUCAUUUUGCACCCAGAUGGAAGGGGGAGUCUCUUCGAGAGAGCAUCAAGCGACAUGAGCACUUCCUUGCUUUACAACUAGGCCUGAAGCCUGGACAAAAGGUGUUGGACGUAGGAUGUGGAAUUGGUGGACCACUAAGAGAAAUUUCUAAAUUCAGCUCAACAUCAGUCACAGGAUUGAACAACAAUGAAUAUCAGAUAUCAAGGGGAAAGGAACUAAACCGCAUUACUGGAGUGGAUAAAACCUGCAACUUUGUGAAGGCUGACUUCAUGAAAAUGCCAUUUCCUGACAAUAGUUUUGAUGCAGUGUAUGCGAUUGAAGCUACUUGCCAUGCACCGGAUGCGUAUGGAUGCUACAAAGAAAUACACAGAGUAUUAAAACCUGGACAAUGUUUUGCUGCAUAUGAGUGGUGCAUGACUGAUUCUUUUGAUCCCAAUAACCAAGAACAUCAAAAACUAAAGGCAGAAAUUGAGAUUGGUGAUGGCCUUCCUGACAUCAGGUUGACCGGAAAAUGCCUUGAAGCUCUGAAGCAAGCUGGUUUUGAGGUCAUGUGGGAGAAAGAUCUUGUAGCGGACUCACCUGUCCCCUGGUACUUGCCUUUAGAUACCAGUCACUUCUCACUGAGUAGUUUCCGUCUAACCACUGUUGGGCGUUUCAUCACGAGAAACAUGGUCAAGACCCUGGAAUAUGUGGGACUUGCCCCAAAGGGAAGUCAACGUGUCCAAAGUUUUCUAGAGCAGGCUGCGGAAGGGCUAGUUGGAGGUGGAAAGAAAGAGAUUUUCACACCAAUGUAUUUCUUCUUGGCACGGAAGCCGCUUUCAGAUAAUCUGUAAUGUGGCAGUGUAAACUAAUUAACCUGAUACCAUAGUCAUGGAAAUUUCCCAGGAAUUCUGUCAGGUAGAAAUGUAUGUUAGAAUUUGGUUUGACCAUGUUAAUUGACUUUGUGUUUUGUAUCUUGCUGAGUUUUGAGUUGCCAUUUGAGAGUUGUUUGUCUGUGAUUAGUUAUCUGUGGGUUCAUCUGUACACCUCCAAUGGCUUGAGCUAUGAAUUAGCCUUCAGCUUUAUUUGGCUAGUGACUUCUAUUUUAUCAAUCGAAUGAAAAUUUGGAGGUGCACA